AAACGACCCGAAAACACGCAGUUGCGCAGAGGAUUAGAAAUGCGAAAGUCGAGAUUUUAGAGAGAGAAUUUGCGAACAACUGUUAUUAUAUUAACACACACAUGAACGUUGCUCUGUGAUUUGGAUCUGCGAAUUUCAAAUCUUCUCAGGAACUGAAAAACUCGUGAUAAUAAUUGAAUUUCUGUCGUUGGAUUCCCACGAGGCGCUGGAUCUUUUUGUUUUUUGUUUUUUCUGAGUUGGGAAUUUGAACUAUAACGUCUCUUUGGCUUUCAAACCCUAGGAUAAUUCUCAAAUAUUUCUGUUUUUUUUUUUUUCCUACCGUGUCUAUCUGAUUUCAUUUUCCAAAUCCUGUUAUCAAUCAGUGAGGGAUAAUUGAAAUGAACGAGCAAGCUCCGAUGAUGAAUCAACAGCAGCAGCAGCACUUGAUGAACUUGAAUCCGAACAUGAUGGGUAUGAAUCAAAUGAAUCAACAGCCUCCGCCCCAGAUGGUUCCUCAGAUGAAUCGAGGCUAUGGCGGCAUGUGGUCCCAGCCGAUGCAGUUUCAGAAACCCAACCCUAAUCCCGGUGCCAUGAAACCUCCAUUACCGUCCUUCAACAAAUCAUUGGGUCCGAGGAGCAAUUGGAAGGGGAAAAAGGUAAGUAAGCCCAACGACAAGAGGAGGAACAACGAUCUGCAGAAAUCCCUAAUGUCUGGUUCCAGCUCAGGCCUUGCAGGCGGUGUUAACAUAAUCCACAGUGGAGCGGCAGGCGGUGGCUUAGGGAAUAUGAACUUUAACAGCUAUCAACCUCCCACUCUGAAUGAACUGCAGCACCAGAAUCGACUCAAGACCCGCAAGUUCUUCACGAAGAAGAAGUUCAGUAAGAACAACAACAUGAACACGAACCCGAACCCGAACAUGGUCGGUGGAAAUUACAACAACUUCAACAACAGCAGGAAUGCCCCCUAUGCUCCGAGGAACACGACCUCGUUUUUAAUCCGGGCAAAAAAGAGCGGCGGCAUAGCUUCGCUUGUCUCACCGUCCCCCAUGACGCCAGCUGUCCUUCCGACUCCCAUAUUUUCUCCAUCGAGGGAGGUUUUGGUUGACAUGGCGAAAGAGGAGUGGGGGGUGGAUGGGUAUGGGUCGAUGAAAGGUUUGAUUCGGCUGAGGUCUCCCGGGCACGAGAUGGAGCCCCACGAGGAUGAAGAUGAGGAUGAAGGGGGCUCUAGUGAGAGUGAUGUUGAGGAGCAUGUAGAGGUUGAGAGGAGGUUGGACCAUGACCUUAGUAGGUUUGAGAUGAUUUAUAACCCGAAUAGUGGUACGGCCAGUGGAAUGGAUUUCCAUAGUGUGCUCGAGAAUCGGGUGGAUGAUCAGGACAGCCACAUUGCCCAGCUGGAGGAGGAGAACCUGAUAUUGAAGGAGAGGCUGUUCUUGAUGGAAAGGGAGUUGGAUGAUUUGAGGAGGAGGAUGCUGUUUCUGGAAGGGAGGGGGAACAGAGGUGGAGAAAUAAUUAAUGAGGAAGUUGUUGAGAAUGAGUCGGAAAAUGAGAGCGGGAGCCGUGGAGAGGAGGGUGGUCAAUCUGUUGGGGACAAUAAUGAGGAUUUCAGUGAAGAUAAUAUGAGGGUCUGUAAGGGAAAAAACUGUGAUGUGACGUACACGGAAGUGGAAACUGCAGAGAAAAUUGAGGGGUUCGGUUUUGAAAAAGAAGUGGAGAAAGAACUUGAUGUGGUUGGUGGAGAUGGCGAGGGAAGUAAAAAGCUUUGUGAUUCUGAAGGUAAAGUAGAAAAUAGCAAAGAUAAUGAAUUCGUUGACGCAAAUAACGAAAAUGGCGAUGAGUUAUAUUUCGGGAAGGAAGCAGAUAAUAAAGAUGAUAUGGUUGCUGAAGCUGAUGAGAAUGGUAAGCUUACUGAGACACAGGGGAAAGAAGAAAUUUACAACAGUGAGGCCCUUGAUGCUGACAAGGUUAAAGGGAACAAUAAGGUUGUUAAAGAGAAAGACGAGAAUAAUCACCAUGAGGGGAGUAAGUAUGAGGAUAUGGAAGUUAUAGUUACCGACAAUGUUGAUACAGUCAUGUGAACCUUUGGUGGCAGGUGGAGAUAUUUGUACGGAAAACUAGGAAUCACAGAAGAUACUAGUAAUGUUCUGGUGAGGGAUGGGUGAAUUGAUGAGUUUGUAUCGAAGCACAAAGAGAAGAUUUGGUUCGAUGACUUUUGAAAUCGUCCCGUUGUUGCCAAUGUGCAUGUAUAUCUUCUCUGUUGCAUUCCCAUUUAGGUUCUGUACUUGGUAGUGUGCUUUUCGUUAAAAAUCCUGAACUUGAUGUGUCUUCUCAAGUGUAACAAAGAGAAAGGAUCUGGUUUUCUUUCAAAUUUUAUUGGCUUGUCAUGAUAUGUUGCAUAAUUUGUGCUGCCGAGCUUCUUGUACUAUCCUCUAUCCAUGUCUGUUUACUUAUUGCCAUGGCAGGUAUCUAGUAAAUAUAGGUUAUAAUGAAUUCCUGUUUUGGUUGGGUUGUUGUUGAUAGGUGGUUAUGUUUCCUUUUCUGUCCCUUCAUCCUGUGGAGGCUUGAGCAUAUAUUUCUAUUGUUUGCAGUGAACCUGUGAAUUUUUACCAUCUUCUCUUAAUAAUCAUUGUACUUGUAUCCAAGUUCCUGAAAGGAUCACGGUUCAGUUGGUGUAUCUGUUUGUUGUUCUGGCAAUCUUGUUCUGUUAUAUCCUUAUUCAUUUGAUUUCUUGUAUUGUUGUUUUGUUGUCUGUGUAGAGACCGAAAUUUUAGUUUAGCACCGUUUAUAGAAGCCUGCAAGAUGCUUGGUCUGUUCUUUUUAGGCCUGUGGUGACUGGGUAAUUGAUAAGCUACUAGUUAGGCUAUUUCUUUCUUUGGCUUUGAUUUUGCAGCCGAUUGCAGGAUGACUUUGGUUUAGUAAGCAUAUUGCUUAUGGGUUUUGCUGUUCUAUUGAAACUAUCUCAAUGUGAAUUAGGUUUGUUGCAGAAGUUGUGUGAGGCCUUCUCUGUAAGUUUAGGUGGAUGUUUGUUUCUUGUUCUUUGCAGGUGUCGAGCCUCAUUUUGGACAGAACUGGGAAGAAAACCGGUUCCCAAAGCUAAUUUAGCCUCAGAACUUGGACAAACUUAACCCAUUUUGUUUUUGUUUACUUUCAUGCUUUUUUUGUUUCCUUUUUAGUGAGAGAGAGAGAGAGAGAGAGAAGUUGGUCACUUGGUUAAGCAGUUAUUUUCAAGGUUGUUUUUAUUUCAUGCACAAAUUCAAAUAAAAUAAUAAAUAAGUUAUAUUGGGAUAUUAUAUUU